GUCGCCUCUUCCGUUUUCGCCCUCCCCUUCUCGGACGGCCACGCCGCAAGUGGAAGCCGGCGCGUCUUCGGCUACCUGGCAGCUUCGCCUUCCGUGCUUGUGGUCGAGUCCCCGGUCUGGGAGAUGUUGCUGCGGCGCUGUCCGGGCUCUGGUGCCUGCGGAGGCUCGUUGGCGGCGGGGUUGUUGCUGCUGCUGCACCUCAGCUGGGCGGUCCGGGCCUCGGAGAUUACCUUCGAAUUGCCCGACAAUGCCAAGCAGUGCUUCUACGAGGAGAUCGUGCAGGGCACCAAGUGCACCUUGGAGUUUCAGGUGAUUACUGGAGGACACUAUGAUGUUGAUUGCCGCUUAGAAGAUCCAGAUGGGAUUGUGCUAUAUAAAGAAAUGAAGAAACAAUAUGAUAGUUUUACCUUUACCGCAUCUAGAAAUGGAACAUACAAAUUUUGUUUCAGCAAUGAGUUUUCAACUUUCACACACAAAACAGUAUACUUUGAUUUUCAAGUUGGAGAUGACCCACCUCUCUUUCCUAGUGAAAACAGAGUCACUGCACUCACUCAGAUGGAGUCAGCAUGUGUUUCAAUUCAUGAAGCUCUAAAAUCCGUCAUUGAUUAUCAGACACAUUUUCGACUGAGGGAAGCACAAGGCCGUAGCCGAGCAGAAGACUUAAACACACGAGUGGCUUAUUGGUCAAUAGGCGAAGCCAUCAUUCUGCUUGUAGUUAGCAUUGGGCAGGUAUUUCUUCUCAAAAGCUUCUUCUCUGACAAAAGAACCACUACAACUCGUGUUGGAUCAUAACAAGCUUCAUAUCCAUUGUUUGAAAAAUAUACUAUUAUUUGAAUGAGUUCUAGUUAAAGAACAAUUAAGUACAGGGAACAUUUUAAAUACCUUUAGCCUUCUCACUUCAAAGUUCUGAAAUUCAUACUCCCAAAAGCUGUCACAGAAAAAAAAAAGACAGCCUUUUAUUUGUUAUACAGUGGGGUUUUCUUUUGCAUCUGCUGAGAAAUCUAAUAGUUGCUAUUUUUUUAACAAAUGAGACUUGUUUGUAAGUACUUAGUGCUUUAAGAAAAUCCUUUAAGUAGUUAAUUAAAAGAUUGUCCUUAUGAAUGAAAAAAAAGCCUGACCUUGCAAGUUAAAGCAUUGAAAUGAAAACUAAAACACAUAAUUAACAAUAGUCUCAAAGUCUUGUACUGCACUGUUUUGACUGUCUAUGGAAAUUCUAGGGUCUUGAAUCAUUUAUUGGGGUGUAUAUAGAUAUAUAGAUAUAUAUUAUUUUACUCUUACCAAUUUUAGAGUCCUGGGGAAAAACAAUUUCCUAUGCAUUGAAAGGUUAUCAUUUUUGCAUUUUGCUUUUUAAAUUAAAUAAUGGGGAAAAUGCCUUCUAAUUCUUGAAGCUGAGUCUUUGAGUGUUGCUGUUGCUGCUGCCUUGAGAACUAAAUCAGUCAGCUUUGACACGAACCAUAUAAAUUUUAGGAAUCUGAUGUUUUCACUUUCACUUGAACUUGAUAGGACUAAGUAAAAAUGCACUGAUUUAAGUAACUUGCAGCUAAAAUUUAGCCUUGUAGUCUCUAAUAUUAAAUCAGAGCUGUUCAACCGUAUGCCCUUUAGAUGUUUGUAACUAUAAUUCCCAUAAGUUUUAAAGACGGUCAGUAAUCAUGGGAGUUACAGUCCAAGAGAUCUGGAGACUGCCAUGUUAAAUAAGAUAAGAUUGCAGGGCCAUAAGUGGCUCGAGGGUUUUGAUCUAAAUAAUUGAUUUAUUAAGCAAUGUAUGCAGAUGCUGGAUGUAUGUGGAUUAAAUUGCUGAUUAAACAUUCUAAAUUGAUGGGGACAGUUUCUCCUGUGUGCUUACAGUACUGUAUUACCCUAUCCUACCAGUUUUAUGCUUAAAGGCUACUUUUUGAAGUAGCUCACAAGAUUUGGGAGAAUGAGGGAUUUUGCUAUAUAAUUGCUAGUUCUAUUAUACCUGCUUUCCAAUAUCCCAAAUGCUUUUAGGGGUUUUUAAGAUUGUACAACAUUAUUUCAGAAUGCUCAAAAGAAAUUAACAUUACCACCAUAACCAUACACAUUAAAGGUAAGCUUCAUUCCUCUUAGUAAAACUGGCAUCUUCUAAAUGGAUAACAAGGCUUGUCUGAGAGGAUGAAGAAAGAAUUUGUAGUGGUUGAAAAAAAUAUGAAUACCACUAUGCUUAAGGGUUAACACUCACUAAAAUAAGCUUGAUAUUUUAUAGUACAUUUGUGCAGCGAAUUCACCAAUUUUCCCCUUUUUGUAGAUAUUCUGUAAGCACAUUUUGCAUUUUUUUCUGUAUGCGCUACCUGAUUAUGCUGUAAAAGGAUAAGAGAUGCUCUGUCACGGAGUCUGACUAAGUGACGAUGCUAAAAAUGCCUAAUAUUUCCCCUUAGUUUGUGGAUGUGGCUUUUUAGAAAAUAGAGCAUUGAUGUGUUUAGAGAUGGGGAAUAAUCCUGUGUAUUUGUUUAACAUUCUGCUAUAAUAGCUUGCUGUAGAAUGUGCUUGGUCUUUCACUUGAGCUUGCAGAAAAUAAAUUUAUUGAGCG